AUGUAUGAAUACCUACGAGAUCUUCGAUUCUACUCGGCAAUAAUAGGUCGUAUCUUCACUGCCAGCAUGGAGUUCCUUCCCACACAGACUGAAACCAUCACCCCCAGGCAGAAUGGCUCCCCUCGGGAAUAUCGGCAACUUUCCCCGGAACAGCUGGUUGAUCUUGCAAUUGACACCCGCAUCGCCCAUGCGGAGAAGCAUGGCGCUAUCAGUGGUGAUGAAUCAUUCUUCGUUGUAGAUCUAGGAGAGGUCAGCAGGCAGCAUCAGCGCUGGAAGAGAAAUUUACCGGAUGUCCAGCCCUACUAUGCUGUUAAAUGCAACUCCGACCCACCCCUCUUAAAGUAUCUCGCCGGCCUGAAUACGGGAUUCGACUGCGCCUCGAUAGAGGAAAUGCGCAGCGUCCUCGAUCGAGGCGUGCACUCAAACAGGAUUCUCUUCGCGAAUCCCUGUAAGUCCCAAUCAUCACUCGUCUUUGCGCAGAAAGCAGGCAUCCUGCGCACGACCUUCGAUAAUAUAGAUGAGUUGGACUCGAUCAAGGCGCAUAUGCCGGAGGCACAGCUCCUUCUCCGUAUAUAUGCGAACGACGACAGUGCCCUCGUUCCCCUCGGGGAGAAAUAUGGCGCACAUCUCGAUACAGUCAGGAUACUUCUUUCUCGGGUGAAGGAGCUGGGGCUUCACUUGGUUGGAGUCAGCUUUCAUGUUGGAACUGGAUCUAGUAAUCCAAGCUCAUUCUGCCAAGCCAUCAAAGACGCUCGGUAUGCGUUUUUGCAAGCCCAGCAACUAGGUCUUCGCCCUACUGUUCUCGAUAUAGGGGGAGGAUUUGAAGAUAACAGUUUUGAAAGGAUUACUAGUUCCAUUCGGAAUGCGAUUGGUUCUGGCUUCUCGUCUGGUAUCACGAUUAUCGCUGAGCCGGGUAGGUUCUACGCACGCGGCGCGUAUACGCUUGCGUGUCGAGUGAUUUCCAAACGAAGACAGAUGACGAGUGCGGCUGCGGCUGGGAUUCCGGAUAUGCUGUAUCAGAAUGAUGGUAUUUAUGGAAAUUUUAUGAAUGUCAUCAUGGAAAAGGAGGUUAUGGUCCCGAGAUUGGCUGGAGGCCGGCAUAGCCCAAGGCCCUUUCUGGGUGAUUUUGAAGGACACCGGGAAGAAGAGGGAGACGUUUACAAAUAUUCCAUAUGGGGGCCGACUUGUGACAGUAUUGAUCGGGUGGUACGAGAGACGUCCUUCUAUUGCGAGGUGAGUGUUGGUGAUUGGCUGAUAUACCGUAACAUGGGAGCGUAUACGAUCAGCACGGCAACCCAAUUCAAUGGUUUCCAUGGCUCCCAUGAUAAGAUAUAUGUGAAUAGU